AGCAAGCUCUCGCCCGCUCCUGCUACGCCAUGGCCCAGCUCGUCUCUGCGCGGCUGCUCGUGGGCGGCGCAGGCCCUGCCUUUCGAUCAUGCCUCUGCUCUGCGGCGAAACCGGCGCCGACGCUGCUCCUGCGGACACCAGCAGCGACGAGGAGGAGGAGCGGGAGGAUGAUGGUGACGAUUACGACGAUGGCCGCGGGCUCGAGGACCGACUUCUUUGCGCCCUCGUACAGCUCGGCGAGGCGGGAUUUGUCCAUGUACGCACCUGCAUCCGACGACCCUGCUGUCACGACGACGCUGGCACCACCGGCAUCCGGCAGCGAGUCGACUGCGCCCAGCGCUGCCGCCGUCGCUGCUGCCGCCUCGUACCGGCCCGUGCCCCCGCUGGCGUCGUCGGCGCUCAUCAAGGUGUACCGGCAGCUGUCUAAAGCACAACUCACCUUUCUCGUCACACUCACGAGCAUGGCCGGCUACUCGCUCUGCCCGCUCGCGCUGUCGCAGUCGUCGUCGGUCACGACGCUCCUCGCCCUCACGGCGGGCACGGCGCUGUGCUCGGCGAGUGCCAACUCGAUCAACCAGCUCGUCGAGGCGCCCUACGAUGCACAGAUGGCGCGCACACGCAACCGGCCGCUGCCUGCACGGCUACUCUCACCCCUGCAUGCAGCCUCGUUUGCCCUCGCCACGGGCCUCUCGGGCGUCGGCAUCCUCGCUGCCCUCACCAAUGGCCCCACGGCGCUCCUCGGCCUCGCCAACAUCGGUCUGUAUGCGUUUGUCUACACGCCCAUGAAGCGCCUCUCGAUUGCCAACACCUGGCUCGGCGCCGUCGUGGGUGCGCUGCCGCCGCUGAUGGGCUGGACGGCCGCCACGGGCGGCGAGCACCUCCUCGACGUGCCCCCGCUCGCCCUCGCCUUUCUCGUCUACGCCUGGCAGUUUCCCCACUUCAACUCGCUCUCCCAGUCGCUCUCGGCCGAGUACGCGCGCGGCGGCUACCGCAUGAUGAGCGUCACCAACCCGUCGCUGAACCGCCGCACGGCGCUGCGGUAUGCGUGGGCGAUGGUGCCCGUCUGCAGCGUCGUGCUGCCGUUUAUGACGCCCGUCGUCCACUGGUCCUAUGCCCUGCUCAGCCUCGCGCCCAACGCAGCCAUGGUCUGGGCGUCGCACCGCUUCUGGCGCGGCAAGACGGACAGGGACGCGCGCGCCUGCUUCUUUGCCAGCCUCGUCCACCUGCCCGCCGUGCUGCUGCUCGCCAUGGCCUGCAAGACCGACGUCGUCCAGGGCCUCCUCUCGCUCGUCGGAGGCCAGCCAGACGAGCCAGAGGACAAGGCGGGGCAGAUGGAGGCGUAAUGUAGACGGCCAGAUGAUGAUGAAGCAGAAGAUGAAACCAUGUGUAAUAAUAGUCGUACUGUUACAUUCUAGCAAGCAAACGC